UGGGGCUUCAUUCACCAUUUUGCGACUGUAGUGUAGAAUGUACAGGGCAGUAGUUUUUCCUCCUUUUAAGUUGCUUUGCCGGAGAAACAUGAACGGUCGCUAAUUGGCAACUGCGGACGACUAGCCCCCCUGCCCUAUUUUAACCCGCGGAGUCACCACGGAGGCACUCGGGGGUACUAUAUCAGCUCUGAGUCUGUGGAAUAAGGUGGGCAAGUCGCGAAACGAAGACGAGACAAGAUGAGAGAGAGAGGCCCCGGCAGAGGAGGAAAAUAGAAAGAAAGGAAGGGAGAGAAAAAACAAAAAGGCAAAGCAAGAGAGGAACGCCGAGGAGAAUCUCUGGGAUAAAUAAAUAAAAAGACUUGUUUGGAGGAGAGGAAAAGCUACAUGAAAAGAUGAAGCCGAUAAAAAAGCAAGGCCGGCGCUCUCCCCCGUCUACCCGGGCCAAAGGGGGGAAGCGGCGUGGGGUGGGGGACGCCCCAGAAGGAGGCGAGAAGAGAGACUCAGACGAGAACAGAGACAGAAGCAGAUCCCCGCAAAACCAAACCCCCUCAUCUUCUUUUUCUGCAAAUUCACACUCAGACUCCUCCCAGAUGGAGCCAAUUAGACUGCGGGACACUUCAGAGGGGGAGGGGCUUUAUAGAGAAGGUUUUUCAGAGAUGGAUUCUGGGAAGUCCUCAGAUGAUAGAUCUGGGAGGUCAACUAUGAGUGGGGGCAGCCACAGUGAUAGCGGUGGUAGCAGUUGUAGUAAUAGUAGUACGCCGAGCGCCAACAACAGUCCAAACCCCGCGUCCAGCAGGAAAACCGCCACCUUCAAGGCCCGUGUUCCAAAAAAGAAGUACACCUCUGAACAUUGCUCGUCUACCGCUGCUGGCAACCAUAACAACCCCAGCCCCAGCACACCCCCUCCUCUCACGUUGAGCAGUGGGGUCAUCAACCAGGGGUCAACAGGUCUGGACUCUCAGAACAGAAGGCUGAUGGAUGACUUCCACAGCAGGACCGCUGCUGGCAGGGAGACUUCUCAGGAAGGCUCCCCAGGACCCCCAACUUUAUUGCUGGGAGGGGAGAGGGAAAGACCAGGUGGAGGUGAAGGUGUAGACCGAGUGUCGCCCAGUCCGCUGCCCCGAUGCUCUUCCACCGACACUGCCAGCGAGCAUUCAGCUGACCUCGAGGUUGUCACUGACACGCCGAUGUCUGCACCAUCUAGCCUCCCAGACAUGUUGUCCGACGCCCUUGCCAAAGGCCUGAAAAACCAACGCGUUCUCGCCCGACAGCUCAGGAGAAAGAGUGAUGAGGAUGGUAAUGGAGGGCGUGAUAGGAGGGACGAUUCUGAUUUAGUGUUUCGUGCUGGUGUGGUGCGUAAGGUCAGUGGUGAAUACGGAAACCUGGAGGUCCAACUCAAUGGUGAGAAGACACUGUGCCGCUAUCCAUAUCGACAUGACAGUCCUCCUGGUGUUGUGGACAUUAUCCUAGAUGCUCCACCACCGGGUGUCCACCCAAUAGCCAUCGGCACCCGUGUGUGCGUCCCAUUCGGCAAUGAAGAGGGCAGCGAGGGUCAUUGGCAGUGGUACAGAGAAGGCGUGGUCACACAGGUGGACACACAUCCUGCCGUUGCCAACCGGUAUCGUGUCCUGCUCUCUGAUGAAAGACCUCAAUCUGUGGAUGAGGAGGAGGAUGGCAGGGGGGCAGCUAGCGCUACUCAAGCCGUGUGGGUGUCCCGACAAACACUCCGACUCCUGGUACCACCCUGGGACCUGGAUCUACCCUCAGGAGGAGGACGAGAAGGAGAGGAGGGGGUUAGAGAUAAGGAGAGGGAGCGGGAGGACAGAGAGGAGAUAGAUGUGGAGCAGGAAGUGUGUCGUCUGAGCCGUGGGAUGGGACCUUCUGUGGGGUCAGUGUUGGGGAGAGGAAUGCCCUACCCUGGUAUGGUACCUGUUUCCUCUACUGCAGGACACAUCACAUCUCCAGUAACGCCAGCCUCAGUCCUCAGCUUGGCUCCUGGCCGGGAGUGGGAGAUGGAGAAAGACCUUGAAAGGGAGCGGGACCUGCAGAGGAAACAGGAAAGAGAGCGGGAGAACUGCGCCAAACAGCAGCAGCAGCAGCAGCACCAUUCAUACAUGCCACUGACUCCUGAAGAAGACAUGGAGGUGUCACACUUCAACAUGGUCCCAAUGGGGGCGAUCAUACCAGGGGCGAAACCCAUGGCAAUCCCACAGCACCGCCACAUUGUAUCGAAGCCCCCGACAGGCUACCUCAAUCCCCACCUUUCAGUGGUGCGGGGCAUUGGAAUCCCCCCGGCACACCUUGCCUUGAAUUCCCACCCCCCUCCUUCACCUGUCCUGCUUGGCCUCGACCCAGGAGCUGCUGCAGUUGGCGCCACUGUCAUCACAACCCCCCAGCUGCCCCCGCUCCCUCCAAUCUCAUCCUCCACCGUUCCUUCCUCCAGAGUUGAGAAGGCCUCAGGAGGAGGCUCUUCUGGAGGAGGAGCAGGCGCUGGUGGAUCAGGGUCAGGGUCAAACUCUUCUUCUUCCUCUCGCUCCCGUACCCCGCUCACAGCUGCCCAGCAGAAAUAUAAGAAGGGAGAUGUGGUGUGCACACCCACAGGAAUCCGCAAGAAGUUCAAUGGGAAGCAGUGGAGGAGGCUGUGCUCUAGGGAGGGCUGUUCCAAAGAGUCCCAGCGCCGAGGAUACUGCUCUAGACACCUCUCAAUGAGGACCAAGGAAAUGGAGGCCAGUGGAGGAGCACGGGAGAGAGGAGGAGCCAGCAGCACAGGGACUCUGACACCAUCUGACCUCAGGUUGAGCGGUGGGAGAGCCAGUUCUGAGUUUGACUGGGAUGAGACUUCACGGGAAAGCAGUGAGACCAGCAGCCGUGGAGCAGACUCUCGCCCUCGCCUGGUCCUCCCCUCCCUGCUCCCCCAAGACCUCUCCCGCUUCGACUUCGAUGAGUGUGAGGCAGCGACCAUGCUGGUUUCUCUGGGGGGCUCGCGCUCAGGCACACCCUCAUUCUCCCCAAUCUCAAACCAGUCGCCCUUCUCGCCCACCCCGUCACCUUCACCUUCUCCGCUCUUCGGCUUCCGCCCUGCUAAUUUCAGCCCAAUCACCCCUCCGGCUUCACUUACUCCACGCCGCCACCGCCAGCUCAGUGGUACAAAGAUGAGCACACCAGGCAUUGAGCGAGAACGCCACUUGUCCGGCAUUGUACCUACUUUCCAGACCAACCUCACUUUCACAGUUCCCAUGAGCCCCAGCAAAAGGAAACUCGAUUCCCACCCACCUCCUCCACUGCCCACAGUCCAGGACUACCAGACCAAACCUGAGCAGCAGCUGGUGGGUGUGGGAGGAGGAGUUGUGGGAGACCCAAUUCUGGGCCACAGUCCCGCCGCCUUCAGAGUCCUCUCCCCCCAGAGUCAACCCACAACUCCCUCCUCACUUUCCUUCCCCCGGCCCCGUAGUGCCACCAGCAGGCCACCAUCAUCUGCCGCAUCCACACCCCCGCCCAUGCUGGUGUCCCCCACUCCCCCUUCUCCGCUGCCACAAGAACCAUCCCCACGCCGCAUCGUGCCCCUGCGCGACUCCCCCGUCAUUGUUCGCAACCCAGACGUCCCCCUGGCCAAAUUCUCUGAUGGGCCCUUAGGACGAAGAGAGAGGGGCAGGUCCAGGGAGCACAGCCAGCCCCAACACACUGCCCCCCCAGGUCUGCAGGCUCCCGUCCCCAUCAAUGGGGCCACCACUAAUGGGGCAGUUCUCCUUCGCAACCCCACAUCCACACUGGUCCUGGUCACCUCCAGCUCGUCCUUGACUCCGGCCUCCACGGGCCACGCUGCCCUGUCCAGCCCUGCCACCCCUGGGUCGUUGUCCACCUCCACAGGCUCCGUCCUGUCCUCCUCUGGCUCCGGGGGCAGGGAGAGGGAGCGUAAACCCGAGGGACACCAGGACGCCUCCGGGGGGUCUCUGCCUCAGCCCGUCGCCUGCCACCCCACGCCAACUGCCCUGCUACCACUAAUACUGCCAGCUGAGUCGCCACACCCUGCCCCGCGCAAGCAGAUCAUCAUGGGACGUCCGGGGACCGUUUGGACCAACGUGGAGCCUCGAUCGGUGCCAGUGUUUCCUUGGCAUUCGCUCGUCCCUUUCCUGGAGCCCAGCCAAUCAGGAGCUGCUGCCCAGCCUGCCGAUGGCCAACAGCUUGUCAAUCAGAGCAAAGAGCCUCGCUGCGGUGUGGCACUCGUGAGCGACGGACGGACCGGCCCCCCUGACGCAGAGCGAGGGUCUCCGUCAUGCCCUCCCCCGACCAAUGACAAUCCUCCCACAGACAGGGGCGGGGCUGACAGCGAGACAGAGAGCGAUACAGAUGACCCGUUUUCCCCGGGUGUAGCCAACGAUCCGGCUCCGUCCUCCGGCACCAUCAAGAGACGCACCCAGUCGCUGAGCGCCCUGCCAAAGGAUGGAGACAGAAAGAGGGAGAAGGACCACAUCCGCCGUCCCAUGAACGCAUUCAUGAUCUUCAGUAAGCGCCACCGGGCCCUGGUGCACCAGCGACACCCAAACCAGGACAACCGGACCGUCAGCAAGAUCCUCGGGGAGUGGUGGUACGCCCUGGGGCCCAAUGAGAAGCAGCAGUACCACGACCUGGCCUUCCAGGUGAAGGAGGCCCACUUCAGAGCUCAUCCAGACUGGAAGUGGUGCAACAAGGACCGCAGAAAGUCCCUGUCCGAGGGCCGCGGGACCCCGAAGGAGCCCCGAGAGAGGAGCAUGUCGGAAAGCAUAGAUCCCCUCUCAGAGUCCCAGGGGCUGGAGGGGAAGGGGGGCGGCUCAGGCUGGCCAGGGGGGUCGGAGCGUCGAGGGGGGCCGUUUGGGGGGCAGCACUCGCGUCCCCGAGCCUUUUCCCAGAGUGCCGUGCACACCCUGGAGCAGAGGGAGAGAGACAGAGACCUGGAGAAGGAGGAUGGGGGGAGUUUGUUUCACACUCGGGCCCCGCCCUCAUCACUGUAUCCGGGCGGAGCCGGAGAGGACGUGACCAGCGAUGAAGAACGGAUGGUGAUAUGCGAGGAAGAGGGAGACGAUGAUGUCAUGGAGGAUUCGUGUCCCGAAGGCUCCAUUGACCUCAAGUGUAAAGAGAGAGUGACAGACAGUGAUGAGGACGAACCAGACGGACAGCAUGGCUUCCAGCCAGUGGCCCGCUCCUCGCUCCCCUCCUCCUCCCCCUCCAUCCCUCACUCCGACUCCACCUCAGGAAAAGGGAACUCAGGAGGAGGAGGAGGAGGAGGAGGAGGUGCUGAAGAUGGGAAGAGGAACAGAGGCGCCGAUGGAGGAGAGGAGGGGAGCGACGGAGGAUCCAAGAGGGAAGAACAUAGAGGUGAAGGAGGUGGAGGAGGUGGGCAGGUGGUCUCCUCUCUGUCCAGCUCCCAGACCCCCCUCCCUUUGGCCCAGCAGGGUCUGACCCAGGUCCUCGGCACCGUCCGCAUGGCUCCUACCAUGGUGACCAACGUGGUACGGCCCAUCGCCAGCACGCCCAUCCCCAUCGCCAGCAAACCGGCGGAAGGCGCCGUCACACUCAGCUCGCUGCCUCAGGACAAGAAAUCAACCACUCUGCUGAUCGGAGGAGGUGGCGCUCAGCAGCUGCCAAUCACAGCAGGGGGUGGGUACCAGUCCUCCUCAUCCUCCUCCACGUCCUCCUCCUCCUCCUCCUCUCCAGGUCCGGUCAGUGUAAACGCUGUCGAUGGCAGCGGAUUGGUCACUAGCCUAGUUCUGGGAGGGUCCCAACAAGUCCAGCUCCUCACCCCUCACGCACAAACCCCCCUGCCUGUACUCCAGCCCCAGCUCCACCCAACAGCCGCCACCUCCGCUCUCACCCCUCCCACUGGCCCCAAGCCACUAGUCCAGUACCUCCUGCCCACCGAAAGCCCCUCCUCCCCUCAGCUCACCCACCAGCAAAUCCUUUCCCUGCCCACCAAUGCCGCCAUGGCCAAUGGCGUGCACUCAGGGGCGGGACUAAGAGUGGCGUCAGUCAGCCCCGGGACCAGAGUCCAAACCCAGUCACCGGUCUUGCAGAGCAAGAUGUUGGUUCCCAUGGCAACAGUGCGAACAGGGUCUACUCCUCCUCAUCCUUCCAUUUCCCUUGUGGCUCCGCCUCUUCCUGUGCAGAACGGCCCUGCGACAGGAAACAAGAUCAUCCAGAUCGCCCCCAUGCCUGUGGUCCAGACCAACGUUCACGCUAACGGAGCCGCGGCGGUACAUCCUGGGAGCCCCUUUCCUGUUUCCGUGGCAACGGUGAUGGCUCCCGGUGCAGCGCCCCCACAGACUGUUCUCCUGACCUCUCCACCCACCAGAAUCACCUACGUCCAGUCCAACCUAGGCGGUACCGCGGCGACGGCCCAGCAGGCCGUCCCGCCUCCAGGCCCCGCUUACAUCCCGUCACCAUUGGCGACCCUGGGGUUCACCGCCAUCGCUCCGGCCGCACAAACCCUGGUCCAACCCAUUGUUGGUCAACCACCGCUGUUGACUCCAGCUCCGCCCCUGAACUGUCAGUCACAGACGCCACCGGGCCAGGGCUCCGCCUCCACCGGCCGUCAGGUACUAACUGCCAUCUACCCUGCAUCGACUGUUGCACUGGCUACCGGUGUGGUCUCCGUGACGACCGUGCCGUCCGCAGUUGCUGCACCCGCACAGGACUUGGUGAACCCCUCGUCUCCACUGGCGAUGGGGGCUCAGGGCUCAGCGGCGGCGACACCCCAGCCCAGCGCUGUGAUGGAGCUGGAGCCGAAGGUGGAGGUGAAGAAGGAGGUCCAGUCUGAUGGUCCAGAUGAGGACGGAGGUCAGGGGUCGUCUUGCUCGGUGGAUGGAACCGGAAACAUGGCCAUAACAGCGAAAACUGAAGAAGACAUCUCUGUGCACAUCAAAGAGGAGAAUGUAAGCGACGGACACAGCUGGGAGAAACAAUGUGAGACAGAUGGAGAGCGAGAAAGAGGGCUGAAGGAGAGCAGUGAAAAGAGAAACAGAGAAACAGACGACCACAGCAUGGGGGACGGCAGCAAAGAGGCUGGACCUCGUUCCCCUCCUCCACUUCCCUCAGGUUUGGAUCCACCUCCCCCUCCCACUGUGGAAAGAGAGACCGCCUCGUCCUCAAAGAAGACCAAGUUUCGACCGCCCCCGCUCAAAAAGACACCCGACUCUCUGGACAAGGUCUUGUCAGAGACGUACUUUGAGGAGCGUUUUGCUGAGCUUCCUGAGUUUAAUCCAGAGGAGGUCCUUCCCUCGCCCACACUGCAGAGUCUGGCCACCUCUCCAAGAGCCAUUCUGGGAAGCUACCGCAAGAAGAGACGCAACUCUACGGACCUUGAGCUGACUGCAGAAGAGCCCAGCUCACCGAGGAGGAAGACCCGUCGUCUGUCCAGCUGCAGCUCGGAGCCCAACACCCCGAAGAGCGCCGCCAAGUGUGAGGGAGACAUCUUCACCUUCGACAGACCAGGUACAGAAGGAGAAGACCUCCUCGGGGACCUGGACCGAGUCCCCUACUCGUCUCUGCGUAGAACCCUGGACCAGCGCCGGGCCCUGGUCAUGCAGCUCUUUCAUGAACAUGGCUUCUUUCCAUCAGCUCAGGCCACCGCUGCCUUUCAGGCGCGUUACUCCGACACUUUCCCCACCAAGGUUUGUCUCCAGCUGAAGAUACGCGAAGUCCGUCAGAAGAUCAUGCAGACGGCCACGCCCGGGACCCUGGAACCUGGAGGGUUGGCCGAGGCCAGCCCCGCCCCCUCCCACUGCUCCUCUUUCAAUCAGUCAACCCGCGAGGACGGAGGGGCGGAGCCGCUAGGAGACAAAAGCCGGAGCCCAGAGGGGCCAAAAAGCGAAGGAUCAUAAGCCAGAGAGGAUGACGAAGCGGAAAAAUCAAGGAAAGGAAGAUGAGAGAGCGACGUGUCAUCCCCAAAGAAUGUUAUUGUACGUGUUGACAGGACGACGGAUGGCUCCAGCAGGAUCCGAUCCACUGGCACUAAUCUCCACCAGACCUGGGCAGAAACACAUUGUAUAUGGUCUCAAACAUCCAGAUGUCACAGGGCGCCCUUGAUUUGUUGAAUCAGACAAAAAGAAAGCCUCAAAAGUGGAAGAAAUGACGAGUCAAGUGCUUCUUGUAAUGUCAUUUUCCCAUUUUUUUCGGAGCAUUUUCAGUUCGUACUUUGCCCAGGUCUGCUUCAGCACAUUUGUACAGUAGUUUGUAGUUUGACACACAAACUCUGUGGUACACACUCUCUAUCUCUCUGGCGCACACACACAAAAACCCUGGUGCAUAUGUAAUCUCCAGCAUGCACAUGAUCCCACAGACACACACAUACACACACCCUUACCAAACCAGACUGUUACUCUUGGUGGGCGGCCGCCAAGGACCAUGACACACAAAGGCACUUUGUCACUUAUUGUGCAGAUGCAGUUUGCUGUUGCCAGCCAGCCCUCAGAUGCCAUUGACUUGACCUCUUUCGUUUUCCCCUUCCACUCCUCAGCACAGUGGUCGGGACACAAACACAACCCCAAUGACCUCCACUGAUAUUCCACAGCCCCUCAAUGCUGCAAGACAGACAGCACACACAUACAGACAGACAGACACACACACACAUACACACGCAAAAGCAGUGCAUGGACACAUCUGUGCAGUGUGAGCACUUAUACACAAACAUAGUCAACCCUGGUCUGACCAAGCCAUUGGCCUGCACAGUUUUAGUGAUUGUAGUGAGAAGAUAAAGUGAAAGCAUGCUCCUGAAAAACAAAAAAAAAACGAUGGCGGGAGUUGGGAUUUAGUGUGACCAAUCUUUGCACCUUCGGUUAUUGCCAUUUUGAAAUACUGAGUCCUCAUGGGCGGGAGCUGAUUAUAUAUGUAUGUAUGUGUGAAGAGGCACCGUAAAGAGAUUAUGUAAAGAGACUAUUGGUUGUGAGGCUUUGAAGAAUCAACGUUUAGUUCGACACUGACCGACUCCCAGAAGAGCACAGAGAAAAGCCUGAAGAAGAAACUGGAUGUUCAUGCGACGGAAAAUUGACGUUCCAACAAAAGCAAGGAAGAUAAAAACAGUGAAUAUUAAGGACAACAACAUGACAAGCUUACCGACAGAGAGAAAAAUUUUAACCGACUUCUCUGAAUCUCCCAAUGGAUAUGAUGUUGCUUUCUCUUCGUUAUCGUUGCCGUGGAAAUAACCAGUUUUACCGUGGCCUGUUUCUCUCGUGGCUCUGUUGUGUUUUCUCUCCAGCAUAAAAAUAUCACACAAAAAAAAAACAAACUUUGGACAAAAAAGGGGACAAAUCAGUCUGUGGCCCCCCUCACACUUGUAAUUGUACCUGGGGCGGUUUUACCCCACUUCCCCUCCCCUACGAUUUCUCACCAGACACAGAAGUGGGGGAGCAGGGGUGUUUGUCGUUUUGUAAAACGUUGAAAUCAGGUGUUUGCACAAUUUGUGUGGCCCCCUCUCAUCUGGGACCGCCGCAAGUUAAAUCAGGAAAGUAUUGUUUUUAGAGAUUGUUUUAGUAGAAAAAAUAAUAACCUUGUUCUGUAUGUUAUCAACCACCUUUUUCCUCCCCUUCUUCCUCCCCACUUUUCCCCACAAUCCCCCUCUUUCCCCUCAGCCCUUCAAGUGUUGUUAGGAAGUGCCCUUAAGCACUGGUCCCGGGUCAAGCGCUAUGUAGCUCAGGAUGGUUCUGGUUAGGGUUAGUUCAGGGAAAGCAGAUCCUAGACCAGCCCUGGAGGGCAGUCUCUGGAGCCCUCCCCUCUUCCCUCUCUUCUCGACACUUUAUCCUUUCCCAUCAAAUGGUGCAAUAGGACAUUUAUUUUAUUUUAUUUUUUUGGACGUGGGUGGGUUAUUUUGUUUUCGGGGGAAGGCUCUGUGCCAUAGAUAUUAAAUCCAUUGCAGUCAGUCGGUGAGAAGAAUGAGAUGUUGUGAUACUAUCUUUAACUAUGGUAUAAAAUGAAACAAAAAAGAAUCACACAGUUAUUGUUAUUGUUGAAAAGAUAGAGAGUAUAACUUACUAAAAGUCAAAGACAAUUUUUGAAUAGCACUUUUUGGCUCUUUGCUUCCUCGGUGAAGAGUGGGGGUAGUUAUUAUUAUGGGUAUCUCUUUUAUUUCUCUGUAUACAGUUGGAUGUGUGAAAAAAUAUAUAUACCGGUAUUUCCAUAUAUGUGCAUUUAGGUUUGUGUUUGGGUGUGUGUAUGUUUUGGCACAUGCAGGUAGUGUGUGAACACGACCAACCUCUUGUUCUUUCACCACACAGCAACAUUAUCAAUAUUAUAUUUUUCCUUGUAUUCUACAUUCUAUAUUCUACUCUAGAGACAGUAUUUUUAUAGUCACCAUGACUAUUUUGUCCGUCAUCUUGACUGUUAUUGAACCCAGCUGAUUCAGGAUAUAUAUCAAAUAUAUAUUCAGGAUAUACAAUAUAUAAAUAUAUAUAAAUAUACACAGGUAAUAAAAGACUAUCAAUUCUCAUCUCUUUGGGGUUAGGGCUGUAAUGUGUCUGUCUGCAUGCAUGUGCAAUCACAUGCACACGUUCACACACCCACACAGACAUAUGUGCAUACACACACAUGUAUGCGUGUACACUGUAUGAUUGUGCUUAAAAAUAAACUGUCCUUAUUUUGGAGAAGGAAAUUUAGGAUGUGCGAGGUGAGUGUUAUCUCAUAAGCAGGCAUGUUGACCAUGUGCAAUAUUUCUAAACAACAACAAAAAACUAAAUAUUGAAAAUAUUAAAGAUCUAACACAAAG